GGGGAGGGGGAAGUGGCGGUAUUAAUACAUGCUCUCUCCGAUUGGAGCCUUCCGCACGUCCCUCCCUUCGCGGGGUCGGUGUUUGGAGGCAGAGCUAUCAGGAGGCUGCGGCCUAGGCCGAGCAGAUUUACGGCCUCCAUCAUGCCCGGAGCCUGCGGCCCCCUCGCGCUCCUCCUCUGCGGCUGCUGCGCGGCGGCCCUGGGCGCCCACACCCACCCGGGGGAGCACCGCGCGGCGGAGGACGGCGACGCCGGACAGUUCGUGGCCGCGGUGUACGAGCACCACUUGAUCUCCAGCCCAGACCCGCUCGCUCCCACCAGCCGCAGGCAGGCCUUGGAGCUGAUGAGCCGGAACCUGGACGUCUAUGAGCAGCAAGUGAUGACCGCCGCCCAAAAGGGAGUACAGAUUAUAGUGUUUCCAGAAGAUGGCAUUCAUGGAUUCAACUUCACAAGAGCAUCCAUUUACCCAUUUUUGGACUUCAUGCCGCCUCCCCCGCUGGUCAGGUGGAACCCAUGUCUGGAGCCCCACCGAUUCAAUGACACGGAGGUCCUCCAGCGCCUGAGCUGUAUGGCCAUCCAGGGGGCGCUGUUCCUGGUGGCCAACCUGGGGACGAAGCAGCCUUGUCAUCGCAGCGACCCGCGGUGCCCACGGGACGGGCGGUUCCAGUUUAACACGAACGUCGUGUUCAGCAGCAACGGGACCCUCCUGGACCGCUACCGCAAGUACAACCUCUACUUCGAAGCGGCUUUCGACGCCCCUCCCGACGUGGACCACACCGUCUUCGACACCCCCUUCGCCGGCAGGUUCGGCGUCUUCACCUGCUUCGACAUCCUGUUCCUCCGGCCCGCCGUCGAGCUCCUCCUCCGGGACCCCGAGGUGCGGCACGUGGCGUUUCCGGCCGCCUGGAUGAACCAGCUGCCGCUCCUGGCGGCCAUUCAGAUCCAGAGUGCUUUCGCCAGGGCCUUCGGGGUCAACGUCCUGGCCGCCAACCUCCACCAGCCGUCCCUGGGGAUGACCGGGAGCGGCAUACACACGCCCCGCACGUCCGUCUGGCACCAUGACAUGGAAAACCUCACAGGUCACCUCAUCGUGGCCCCCGUGGCCAGGAACCCGCAGCGUCUCCGCGCAGAGAAUGCCACCGGGAAAACGGACCCGUCCCACAGCAGGUUUUUAAAACUCCUGGCGGGCGAUCCCUACUGUGAGAAGGACUCUCAGGAAGUCCAUUGCGACGGAGCCCCCCGAUGGAACAUGAAGGCCCCUCCCGUGUUUCACGCCGAGAUGAUGUAUGACAACUUCACCCUGGUCCCCGUGUGGGACCGGGAGGGCUACCUCCGGGUCUGCGCCCGCGGCCUCUGCUGUCACGUACUUUACCAGAGGCCCUCCGUGUCCGGCGAGCUGUACGCCCUCGGGGUGUUCGACGGCCUUCACACCGUGCACGGCACGUACUAUGUCCAGGUGUGCGCCCUGGUCAAGUGCGGAGGCCUGGCCUUCGAGACCUGCGGGCAGGAGGUCACCGAGGCCACGGGGCUGUUCGAGUUCCACCUGUGGGGGAACUUCAGCACGUCCUAUAUCUUCCCUCUGCUUCUGACCUCCGGGAUGACCCUGGAGACCCCGGACCAGCUGGGCUGGGAGAACGACCACUACUUUCUGAGGGAGCGCGGACUGGCCUCUGGCCUGGUGACGGCGGCCCUGUAUGGGCGGCUGUAUGAGAGGGACUAUGGGAAGUGAGGGCUGGGCUCUGGCUACCAUGCUCACACAGCCCUGAACUUGCACAGGCCACAGCUCACAGCACUGGGACCACCCCUGCCCAUCCUGGGGGCUGAGGGGGGGAAGAAAUAGGGGAGGCAGAUUCCCCCAGCGCCUCUUCCUCUUCCAUGAAAAAUAUUGAGCCAUUUUUUUUUUGUAUUUUCUACCCACAUGUAUCUUUCCCAAGCCACAUCUUCCUCCAGCAGAUCUCUCAUUACACAAUUGGCGUUGAGAGUCAAACAAAAUAAAUGACUGUUUAUAUUGUACACAUCCA